GUAGGUUGGCGUACAGAGGAUAGUAACGAUUCUUCAUUCGAACCAAAAACACAUCCAACGACGACGAUGACAACGAACCGAUCCACCAGACUUCUGGUGUUGCUAGUGUUAACCUCACUGGUGGCCAACCAUCACCAGGCGAAUGCCGCCGCCGUGGGACUGAAGUGCGGCGGCCGGAGCGCCGUCUGCGUGGGCCCACUUUCCUACCAGCAGUGCGUGGAUGGCCUGACGUCCGGCCCGGUGGUGCCAUGCGCGGUGAACACCCGCUGCGUGACCGACGGCCUCGAGAUCUGCGUGCCGGUCAAGUCGGCCGCUGAGGCUCCUACGGCUGCCGUCGCCAAGAUGGUGACCAUCACCGACAGCCCCGUCAGCGAGUCCGCUCCGCUGGUGGAUGGCUCCAGCUCCAGCUCCAGCGGUUCAGGAGGCGAGAUCUCUACCGAGGGACCAAGUGCCGCCUCCAGUGCUGCUCCAGCGGAGUCACCUGCUCCGGUUGAGACGACCCAGGCACCGGUGGAGACCACCCAAGCGGCCGCUGAGACGACAACCGCAUCCAUAGAUGAAACAACCAACGGAUCGGAGGCACCUCUAGAGACCGAAUCGACGAUUCCCAGCGACACCACUCCCGUGGACACCACUUUGGGACCCGGAUCGGAAGCCACUAACCCACCCAUUGAACCCGAGAGCACCACAGCCGCUCCUGGGGAAGGAACCACCCUUGCUCCAGGUGAUGUCGACCCGAACACGCCCAUUGAUCCAAGCUCCCCCCUGGACCCCAACGCACCCGAAGAAUCUACUUACGAACCCGGUUUAGUCGACCCCACCGCUCCAGCUGAAACAACUGCCGCUCCCGGAACUCCUGCUGAUAUAACGACAGAAGCUCCUGGAGCUCCUGUGGAAGGAUCGACUGCUGCUCCUGUUGAAGGAUCUACCGCUGCUCCUGGUGCUCCUGUUGAAGGAUCGACUGCUGCUCCUGGUGCUCCAGUUGAGGGAUCGACUGCUGCUCCUGGUGCUCCUGUUGAAGGAUCUACCGAUGCUCCUGGUGCUCCUGUUGAAGGAUCGACUGCUGCUCCUGGUGCUCCUGUUGAAGGAUCGACUGCUGCUCCUGGUGCUCCUGUUGAAGGAUCUACCGCUGCUCCUGGUGCUCCAGUUGAAGGAUCUACCACUGCUCCUGGUGCACCAGUUGAGGGAUCUACCGCUGCUCCUGGUGCUCCUGUUGAAGGAUCGACUGCUGCUCCUGGUGCUCCUGUUGAAGGAUCUACCACUGCUCCUGUUGAAGGAUCAACCGCUGCUCCUGGUGCUCCAGUUGAAGGAUCUACCGCUGCUCCAGGUGCUCCUGUUGAAGGAUCUACCGCUGCUCCUGGUGCUCCAGUUGAGGGAUCUACCGCUGCUCCUGGUGCUCCUGUUGAAGGAUCGACUGCUGCUCCUGGUGCUCCCGUUGAAGGAUCUACCGCUGCUCCUGGUGCUCCAGUUGAGGGAUCGACUGCUGCUCCUGGUGCUCCUGUUGAAGGAUCUACCGAUGCUCCUGGUGCUCCUGUUGAAGGAUCUACCGCUGCUCCUGGUGCUCCAGUUGAGGGAUCUACCGCUGCUCCUGGUGCUCCUGUUGAAGGAUCUACCGCUGCUCCUGGUGCUCCAGUUGAGGGAUCUACCGCUGCUCCUGGUGCUCCUGUUGAAGGAUCGACUGCUGCUCCUGGUGCUCCCGUUGAAGGAUCUACCGCUGCUCCUGGUGCUCCAGUUGAGGGAUCUACCGCUGCUCCUGGUGCUCCUGUUGAAGGAUCUACCGCUGCUCCUGGUGCUCCUGUUGAAGGAUCUACCGCUGCUCCUGGUGCUCCUGUUGAAGGAUCGACUGCUGCUCCUGGUGCUCCUGUUGAAGGAUCUACCGAUGCUCCUGGUGCUCCUGUUGAGGGAUCAACCGCUGUACCCGCUGGUGGAUCUCCUGCUGAUUCCAACGUUGCUGCUGGUGGUGCUCCUGGAUCUUCUGCUGGUGCUGCCCCAGGAUCUCCUGCUGAUCCCAAUGUCCCUGCUGGUGGUGCUCCUGGAUCUUCUGCUGGUGCUGCCCCAGGAUCUCCUGCUGAUCCCAAUGUCCCUGCUGGUGGUGCUCCUGGAUCUUCUGCUGGUGCUGCCCCUGGAUCUCCUGCUGAUCCCAAUGUACCCGCUGGUGGAUCUCCUGCUGAUCCCAACGUUGCUGCUGGUGGAGCUCCUGGAUCUUCUUCUGAUCCCAAUGUACCCGCUGGUGGAUCUCCUGCUGAUCCCAACGUCCCUGCUGGUGGUGCUCCUGGAUCUUCUGCUGGUGCUGCCCCAGGAUCUCCUGCUGAUCCCAAUGUCCCUGCUGGUGGUGCUCCUGGAUCUUCUGCUGGUGCUGCCCCAGGAUCUCCUGCUGAUUCCAACGUUGCUGCUGGUGGUGCUCCUGGAUCUUCUGCUGGUGCUGCCCCAGGAUCUCCUGCUGAUCCCAAUGUCCCUGCUGGUGGUGCUCCUGGAUCUUCUGCUGGUGCUGCCCCAGGAUCUCCUGCUGAUCCCAAUGUCCCUGCUGGUGGUGCUCCUGGAUCUUCUGCUGGUGCUGCCCCAGGAUCUCCUGCUGAUCCCAAUGUCCCUGCUGGUGGUGCUCCUGGAUCUUCUGCUGGUGCUGCCCCUGGAUCUUCUUCUGAUCCCAAUGUACCCGCUGGUGGAUCUCCUGCUGAUCCCAACGUCCCUGCUGGUGGUGCUCCUGGAUCUUCUGCUGGUGCUGCCCCAGGAUCUCCUGCUGAUCCCAAUGUCCCUGCUGGUGGUGCUCCUGGAUCUUCUGCUGGUGCUGCCCCUGGAUCUCCUGCUGAUCCCAAUGUACCCGCUGGUGGAUCUCCUGCUGAUCCCAACGUCCCUGCUGGUGGUGCUCCUGGAUCUUCUGCUGGUGCUGCCCCAGGAUCUCCUGCUGAUCCCAAUGUCCCUGCUGGUGGUGCUCCUGGAUCUUCUGCUGGUGCUGCCCCAGGAUCUCCUGCUGAUCCCAAUGUCCCUGCUGGUGGUGCUCCUGGAUCUUCUGCUGGUGCUGCCCCAGGAUCUCCUGCUGAUCCCAAUGUCCCUGCUGGUGGUGCUCCUGGAUCUUCUGCUGGUGCUGCCCCAGGAUCUCCUGCUGAUCCCAACGUCCCUGCUGGUGGUGCUCCUGGAUCUUCUGCUGAUCCCAAUGUACCCGCUGGUGGAUCUCCUGCUGAUCCCAACGUCCCUGCUGGUGGUGCUCCUGGAUCUUCUGCUGGUGCUGCCCCAGGAUCUCCUGCUGAUCCCAAUGUCCCUGCUGGUGGUGCUCCUGGAUCUUCUGCUGGUGCUGCCCCUGGAUCUCCUGCUGAUCCCAAUGUACCCGCUGGUGGAUCUCCUGCUGAUCCCAAUGUCCCUGCUGGUGGUGCUCCUGGAUCUUCUGCUGGUGCUGCCCCAGGAUCUCCUGCUGAUCCCAACGUCCCUGCUGGUGGUGCUCCUGGAUCUUCUGCUGAUCCCAAUGUACCCGCUGGUGGAUCUCCUGCUGAUCCCAACGUCCCUGCUGGUGGUGCUCCUGGAUCUUCUUCUGAUCCCAAUGUACCCGCUGGUGGAUCUCCUGCUGAUCCCAACGUCCCUGCUGGUGGUGCUCCUGGAUCUUCUGCUGGUGCUGCCCCAGGAUCUCCUGCUGAUCCCAACGUCCCUGCUGGUGGUGCUCCUGGAUCUUCUGCUGAUCCCAAUGUACCCGCUGGUGGAUCUCCUGCUGAUCCCAAUGUUCCUGCUGGUGGUGCUGCUCCAGGAUCUGUUGGCUCCAACUCUGCUGCUGGCCCGAAUUCGCCGCUUAACCCACCAGCUGGCUCACUCAUUCCAUCGAUUCCUGUUCUACCUGGCGGAGUUGGCAAUUGGCCUUGGCAUCCGCGCCCGAACAUUCCAGUCCUGCCGACCUGGAGACCACUGCUUCCUGGACAAAACGGCUCAGGUGCUGGGGCUACUGCUCCUGGCAGUGGACUGAUCAAUGGCGUCCUUCCCUUCUGGCCCAAUUGGCACAAAUGGGUGAACAGCUGGCGUCCAACAAGGCCAGUGACCAGCACCGAGGCUCCUGCCCAACCGGAGAAUCCUCAGCAACCACAGAGUCCCCAACAGCCACAGAGUCCCCAACAGCCACAGAAUCCUCAGCAGCCACAGAAUCCUCAGCAGCCACAGAAUCCUCAGCAGCCACAGAAUCCUCAGCAGCCGCAGGAAGCACAGAGCCCCAAAAAACCCAACAAUCCCGAGACUGCCGAGAGCGUAGAACAGGCUGCCCCAGUUCCGCCAGCCGAAGGAGCUGCGUCCAACGAGAAUGCCUCCGUUGAGGAGAGCAGCAAGCCCUCCAGCGAGAAGUCGAAGGACAAGCCCAAGUCCAGUGAGGAUCAGUCCAAGGAGCAGGAGCAGAAGAAGCCCAGCUCUGAGGAGAAGGAGAAGGAGAAAGAAAAGGACAAGUCUAAGGAGAAGAAGGACAAGGACAACAAGGAGAAGGACAAGGACAAGGACAGCAAGGAGAAGAAGGACAAGUCCAAGGAGGAGAACGAGCAAGAGAAGGAGGAAAAGGAAAAGGAUAACGAUGGCGACGACGAGCCGAGCUCCAAGGAGAAGAAGCAGUUCGUAAAGGACCUUAUCAAGAAACUGAAGAAUGGUGACGAGUGCGACGAGAACGAUAUCUAUCCAGAUGUGCGCGACUGUCGCAAGUACUACCGCUGCGAGGUGAAAAAGUCGGGCAAGCACAAGUUCGCACACCUGCGCUGCGACAAGAAGGAACGCUUCGAUUGGAUCGCCGAGUCCUGUGUGCCCAAGGACGAGGCCCGCUGCCUGGAGAAGUAGGCGAUUCGUCCGGGAAUAGUCUAGAACCCCCGCCGAGCAGAAAUCCUUAAAUCUACUGCUGCAUCCGUACGAUAACCCCACGAUCUAUUGUAUUCCUAUAUUGGCAAUCAAAUUCUAUUCCCUAUCCCUUGGUCCUACCUAAUUUAUUGCAUUAUUUUAAAUACCCAUUAUUUUUUUGUUUUCCACAAUAAAUCUUGAAGUUUAUGAAAAUCU